AUGACAAUUGAAAUUGUUCGAGAUAAAUCUGUCGAACUUGAGAUCGAACAUGUCCAUACGGUCCCGACAAAGACAACCCCAGAUGAUAUCAUCAAUGGAUUCAGCGCCUCGGAACAACGGCGGAUCGUUCGCCGUAUCGAUCGUCGACUCGUCGUUACCUUGGGAGUCCUUUACUGUGUGUCCUUGAUGGACCGUUCCAAUCUCGGAGGUGCAGCGAUUGCCGGCAUGACCGUCGACAUGAACCUGAUUGGGUCUCGGUAUUCAAUUAUCGUAUUGGUCUUCUUCAUCACCUACGUCCUGGCCCAGCCUCCAGCAGUUGUGGCGAUGCGUAAGGUGGGCCCAAGGAUGUUCCUACCGACCAUUUGCCUCUUAUGGGGCCUGGCCAUGAUCUGCUUCGGCUUCGUCACCAACUGGGAGUCCUUGGUCGGUCUGCGUUUGCUUUUGGGUCUUUUGGAGGCUGGUUAUUUUCCAGGCUGUGCCUACCUGCUGAGCUGCUGGUAUCCCCGAUAUGAUCUCCAGAAGCGCAACGCGUUUUUCUUCGUCAUUGGAAAUGUUGCGUCUGCAUUUGCGGGGCUUCUGGGCUAUGCCUUCUCUCUGCUGGGAGGCGAGGGCAACGGUCCACGAGCAUGGGGGGCGCAUGCAACGACAAAUGCCGGAGCCUCCAGCUACGCCCCAGGCAUUGCGGGCUGGCGAUGGAUUUUCAUCCUCCAAGGCGCACUGACCUGUGCAGUUGCUCUUCCAGCGUACAUUUUCAUCGUCAAUUUCCCCGAGCUAGCCGCGGAAAAGUCCUGGCUACCUUUUCUGAAUCAGCGCGAGGUUGACUUUGUAGUUGCGCGCCUGGAGAAGGAUCGAAACGACGUGCACGCAGACAAGUUCCGGCUGCGCGAGUACAUCCAAUCCGGCGCUGACCUGAAGGUCUGGGGAUUCGCCGCACUCUUCGGACUGAUCACGACCAUCACCUACGCGAUUGCGUAUUUCCUGCCCAUUAUCCUCCGAGACGGAAUGAGGUUUGGGCUGGCCGCAUCUCUGUGCCUCACUGCGCCACCAUAUGCGCUCAACGGGGUCGUGCUGAUCGCAACCGCCUGGCUGAGUGACAAGUACCGGAUGCGGUCGCCCAUCCUCAUUGUGAACGGCUGCGGUCUGUUGAUAGGUCUCCCCCUCCUCGGCUACGUGGAAAAUGUGGCCACGCGCUACGUCGGCGCCUUCAUCGUCGUCGUGUGCGGGAACUCAAGCCUUCCAGUGAUCCUCACCUGGCAAGCCAACAACAUCCGUGGCCAAUGGAAGCGUGCUUUUUGCUCGGCCACCCUUGUCGGCAGUGGUGGUAUCGGUGGGAUCAUUGGCAGUCUUGUUUUUCGGUCCCAGGACGCACCCAACUAUCAUCCGGGCAUCCUAACCUGCCUCGUUGCGUCAUCCCUGAUUGUCGUGAUUACCCUGCUGCUGGAUGUCAAGUUUUACAGGGCGAACAAGAGGGCUGCUGGCGGGGCCAAGCUGAUUGAGGGUCUGGAGGGGUUUCUCUACACCUAUUAG